AUGACAAAGAACUUCAAAUGCGUCCUUGCACCCCAUCACAACAUUCCACAACCUAUAUUAUCCAUAUUGGUGGGAAGGAUACCCAAGGUCUCAACCGUCAUUCAAGAUGUCAGUGAACAGACUACAGCAGACGAAUCCAAACUUGACGAUGACAAUAAAGAUGAUCAAGAUGAUUCAUGGGAUAAGGACUGGGGUUGGAGCAUAGACGAGGAACCAAAGGCAUCAAACAAUAUCAACAACAGUAUCAGUGAUUUCACGCAUGCAUUUGGACCCUUCACCGAAACAUACAUGGCAUCAGCAUCGGCAGGUGGACGACAUAUUGUCUUGGCACACAAAUCCAAGUUUGUGGUGGUCGAAUUGAAUGAGGAAGAAGAUGAAUAUUGUGCUGUUGGUCAAGGAUCAGGAUGUGAACAGGAAGAUGAAACCAUUACAGCCAUUCUUUGUCUGCCGUUAUUUGUGCCAUCAAUACGUAAAAAUCAAAUGUUUGUGAUGGCAGGAUAUAGCACUGGAUGGCUUCGUGUGUUUUCGGAGACAGGGACAUUGUUGACAGCUCAACUCUUGGAACCGGCCCCCAUCUUAUCCAUCAAAAUGAGAACACCACCACCUAUCUACAAGACCGUUACACACACUUGCGAUGAUGAGGAGAUCACCAUUUUGUUUGAAGGGAAUCGCGUGGUCAGCAUUGAUGGUCAAAGUUUAUGGAUGGUGUUGCGCGUAUGCGAUGGACAAAGAGAAAGCGAUGCUUCACGUAUGCAAACAGCAUUCACUUACAAAAAGUACGAGUUGCAAAGGCAAGAACGAGUACGUGAUGUUGUGAGUCUUGGCCCUUCUCCUCCUCGGUCGGCCACUUCAACAACUACAUUACUCGACCAAUCGAAUACUGUAUCCACCAAUCCUUUCCUCACAGCUGCAACCUCUCGCUAUGUCGCUGUUGGUGAUGCACCUAUGAUCUCCUAUUAUGCAACUACUGAAUCCAGUCGACCGUUGAUGUCUGCCGUUUCCAUGGCAAGCUAUGUAGUGUCACGUGUAACCACGCCUGUAUUUUCCUUUGCCAAAUCAUGGUGGUCUGGUAACAAUGGAUCGAACAGCAACAACAACAACAACUCCCUCAGCACGUCGAGCUCACCUUCACCGUAUGUACCCUCCAUGCAUGCACCACCCUCUCAUAUUGAACCCGCUACGCCUAUUCCAUCGGUGUUGACGCUUAAUGAUCCUGAGCGACGUAUCACCAGCAUUUCGAUGGGUCCCAUUUCAGCGAGCUCACAGCGAAGCACAUUGGCUGCCACUUGCGACACGUUAGGAAGGGUGAUUUUGUGGGACGUACCCUCUGGGGAAAUGAUACGGAUGUGGAAAGGAUUACGUGAUACCGUAUGUGGAUGGGUGGAAGUAGCAGAACCCGACGAAGCCAAUCCAUUAUUAUCAUUAUCAUCAGGACAACAACAGCAACGCACAAAGCCAGCUCGGAUCUCCACAUUUUUAGUGAUUUAUUCGGAACGUCGAGGCCUUUUGCUAGUGUUUCACAUGCGUCAUGGCACACGUGUCGGGAUGUACCGAGUGGGUCAAGGAUGGCGACUUUUGCCUUGUGGAAGAGAACCACUGGGGAGUAGUAUGGUCAAUGCGGAUCGUCGAAGGAUGGCGAUGGAAAAUGGCGAAGGCGAAUGCGGAUGUCUUGCAAAGUGUCUUUUAAUCGGCCCUAAUGGCGAAGUACGUAGCAUCCAGAUUAUUACACAAGAAGCGAAAAAGUAA